CCUUUGCUGAUGAUUCGCGCGCUUUCAUGGGAGAAAGGUCAGCGUUUAUGAGGAAACGAUUGUAAUUUUUUUUGGCCAACGCACAAGCAAUAGAGAGACCGAUCCUCGGGUUGGAUGGUUAAUGAUGAGACAUCCUGUGGGUCACGAUUAGCCCCUCUUCGUGGCUUGAAUUUCAGGCCCCUGGACUCGACUACACGUGUACUUUAAUUUUAAUAUUCAGUUUCCAGGGGGCAAGAUAUAUCAUUAAUUAUCACGGCUGGGUAGCUGUUGACUGCCUUUAUCAGCUCACCACAAACUGAUUUAACAAAACGAUCCUGCUAUUCUAUGGAAGAUACGUGUACAGAGGCGAGAAAAAAGGAAUCUGUGACGAUGACAGUUGAAGACAAACCUUUGUCUAUGCUUUCAUGGGGGAGCGAGGCAAUGCAGGAUUAUGUAAACGUGUACAAGAGGAAAUGCUCUGAGAAUAAAGACGAGCAAGCUGCGAUAUGGACCAGUAUGUAUGAGAAAAAUUUGGGGAGAAAAGUCAGUGAUUUGCCGCCAUGGCUUGGCCCAAACGCCAAUAGUCAACAAAAGUUUGGGGAUCCUGAAAAGACUGACUUUGCGUCAAUUCAUAAAGCAAGAGCGGCUGAAUCCUGUGAGGCGAAUGCAACUGACUUCAUGACAGCAGAACAGAGACGACAUCAUCGCAAAAAACAUCGAAGCAGGCGAUCUGGAUCUGAUGAUUCUACAACAUCUUCUCAUUCAGAUCACGACCAAGUGAGAAGUAAUUGCUCCAGUUUUGAUACUACAGAAGAAGAACAAAAUGACCUAUCACAAUCAACCGAGGACUGAAAACAAGACAAAUGUGACUUGUGCAUGUUGGAAGUCGACAUCGCAAUCCAAAAAUGACGUUUUCCCAGUGCUUUUUCUCAACCAUGUAAGAGACUGUUUAGGGAUAUUUAAUGUGAAUAUGAUGUAAGAUUGGAUUGAUUAUUUGUUUUAUAAUAAUACCCAAAGAUUCAUAUAUGUGAUUGGCGAUUUUGAAUCAUGAAAUAAUAUUAUCAAUUAGAUCAUUAGAUUCGCAGACAUCAGCGUCGUCAGCUGAUCACGUUAUUGCACUAUUUCGCUAAAAAAUUCCCUCCUUUCCUCGGAUCCUUUAGGAAUAAUCAUUUCAUUAUUUGGCUGUAAUUUUUAUUUCCUUCCUUCAAAGAAAUUUAAGACGAUCUUAAAACAUAAUAACUUAAGCACCUACGUGGCAGACGUUGUAAGGCAAAGCAUUUUUAAAAACAACUUCAAUAAGAAAGCAAAAAAAUAUAAAUUUAAGAAAAUAAUAACAAAUAGAAAAGAGAUAAUGCCAAUAAUUCACAAAGUCUUGGCCUUUAGAUUAAUUGGUUAAUGUAUAGAUUAGACACGCAUAGACACAUCUCCACUAGACGGUGUUGUCGAUGAGAGAGCUCAAUCAGGCUUAAAACCUGAUAACAAACACAACAAUUUUUUUUCGGUCCAAUAUAAGUCGUGCGUUCUGAUUGGCUGCUCGAGCGUGCGGUAUUUUCUAUCUCUGACUGGCGGUUCGGUAAAUGUUUUGCUGCAUCUUGCUUUUGCUGCUAGUUUGAAAUAUAUAUAUUCAUAUUCAUAUUGUCAAUAAUGUCAACAGGAGACAGAAAAACGUGCAGACAAAGUUUAAGGUCCUGUUACUUGUUGCGAUGUUUUCAAUCUUGAUUAUGCGUCUUCAAAAUAUGAUUUCCAUGUUCGGCUUGUCCACAUGUAUAGAUUUCUAGACAGUGGAGCUUGCAUGAUUUAAUCCGGAAAUAUCCUUGACAGCUAUCUAAUCAAUAAAGAUAUUACUUCAGAAA